GCAGGGCGCCAGGCAUCUGCAGGAGCCCCGGCCAGCACAGAAGGAUUGGGGACAGGGCCCUUCCCUUGCCCAGCACAUGGCCUCCAGUGGCAGCAGCCACAGGUGCACAUGAGGACCAGACAUGGGCCAGCAGGUGCCACAGACGUGAUGUCAGCCCAGGAGCUUGUGGCCUGCCUCUGCCAGGAGGGCGACCAGCACCUGGCUCUAGGGGAGCCACCCUUGGCCACAGCUUUCUACCUGGCAGCCUUCAGCUGCCACGCCCCCUCAGCCCUGAGGAGCGUGCGGGCAGCCCUGGCUGAGGCCCGGGGAGCCCCUGUGGUAGCCACCCUGGAGGCCUGGUGCCGCGGGGACAGCCAGAUUCCAGCUGUCCACUGGGAUGGCAUGGCAGUGGCCUCACUGACAGGGGCCCUGGCCUCUGCCUUCCUAGGGGCCCUCUACCCAGACCACCCGGCCGCCGUGCUGCACUCGCUGGCCGGCCUGCUCGCCCAUGGGCACCACGGGGAGGUGGUCCGGCGCUGCGAUGCCCUGCUGGGCACCCACUCACAGCAGGCCCUGGAGCUGCAGCUGACUCGUGCCUUGGCCCUUGUCCUGUCUGGAGAGCCGGCUGGCGAGGGUGUGGCCAGCUACCUGCAGGCCUUCGCCACGAGCGCCAGCCGCACGGUGGCCUUCAUCCGCACCCACCAGCAGCCCUACGUCCCCACACUGCUCCGCACCCUGUGGAGCCACGUCUCAGGGCACCCAAAGGCCACAGACAGCACUGGCCAGCAGGACACCCACUGCCAGGGGCUCCUGGCAGCCCUGGCCCCCGAGACCCCCUGGAGCGACACCCUCUCUCCUGAGGCCCUGCUCCUCCGUGGCAGCUAUGAGGAAUGCUUGGUGGCGAGCAGCCGAGCCCUGCAGUCUGACCUGACAGGCGGUGGACCCCCAGGGGAGCGCCGGGCCACCCUGCUGGUCACUCGGGCGGCAGCUGCCUUGCUCACGGGUGGCCGGGCCCCGGAUGUGCUGCAGGACCUACACGAGGCCUUCCGCGAGAGCCCCUGCGCGGCGCGGCGCCAGUUCCAGGCGGUGCUGUCAGCCGCGGACCAGGAGCGCGUGCGGUCCCAGGCGCAGGAGGCCGCCGACCAGGGCUUCGCCCGCUUCCAGGAAGCCGUGCGUGGCCGCCGCGAGCUCCGAGAGGACGUGGGCCGCGAGCUGCUGGCGCCGGUGACCUGCGCGCUCCGCGUGCUGCUCCGCGUGGCGCCACCCGGGGCAAGACCCGCGCUAGGCACCCGCCUGGUUGAGUGCCUCCUGCUGGCCGGGGACGUGGCGGGGGCGCGCGCGCUGGGCGAGCGCCUCCUGCGGCCACGGCGCGCUGGGGACCGAGCUGGGGAGCGCGCGCCCCUGCUGGCCCUGCGCGGCUUCUGCGCGCUGCACAAGGGCGACGUGGGGCGGGCUCGCGAGGACUUCCAGGCGGUAGUGGCGCGGGGGCCGCCGUCCCCCGAGGGCUGCACACGCGCGCUGUGCGGCCGGGGGCUCGUGCGCGUGCUGGCGGGCAGCGCGAGGCGCUGCUGA